UAUGUGUGUGCGCCUGCGUGUGUGUACGCAGAGCGUGUGUGCAACAGCCAAGCCUCCUCCAUACCCCCACAGAAGGCCUGAGACAGCAGCAGCAGGAGCAGAAGCAGCCAUUGUUCGGGGAAAACCUGGCAAACAAAGGACGGGCUUCCUCCUCCUUUCCUCCAUCGGAGCCUUCCUGUUUCCUCUGGCUGUUGCUGUUCAGCCCUGACUAGGCCGAUCUCUGCUUCUGCCCAGUCCAGUUGCGGCCCGGAGCCCAGCUGCCUUUGUAUUAUUUUCAUUUUGAACUUUUUUCCGGGCUCUUGCCAUGGCUGGGUUGGAGUGAGGCGCCCGAGGGCAGGGAUGUACUGAGCUCUGGCCAUCCCCUGCAGCCUGGCACCCUCACCCCUUUGCCCAACAGCAAGACCCAGGAGUUCUCCCCAGGCUGUUCCUCUAAGUCAUUCAAGCUGUACUCUCCAAAGGAGCCCCCAAACGGCAACGCCUUCCCCCCUUUCCACCCAGGCACUAUGCUGGAUCGAGAUGUGGGACCAACUCCUAUGUAUCCACCAACAUACCUGGAGCCUGGAAUUGGGAGGCACACACCGUAUGGCAACCAGACUGACUACAGGAUAUUUGAGCUCAAUAAGCGACUGCAAAACUGGACAGAGGAAUGUGACAAUCUGUGGUGGGAUGCCUUCACCACUGAGUUCUUUGAAGAUGACGCCAUGUUAACAAUCACCUUCUGUCUGGAAGAUGGACCAAAGAGAUACACGAUUGGCCGUACCCUGAUUCCCCGCUACUUCCGCAGCAUCUUCGAAGGAGGUGCCACUGAGCUGUAUUAUGUCCUGAAGCACCCUAAAGAGUCCUUCCACAACAACUUUGUCUCUCUCGACUGUGACCAGUGUACCAUGGUCACCCAGCAUGGCAAACCGAUGUUCACCCAGGUAUGUGUGGAGGGCCGUCUCUACCUGGAGUUCAUGUUUGAUGACAUGAUGAGGAUAAAGACGUGGCACUUCAGCAUCCGGCAGCACCGGGAACUCAUUCCCCGCAGCAUCCUUGCUAUGCAUGCACAAGAUCCCCAGAUGCUGGACCAGUUGUCCAAGAACAUCACCCGAUGCGGACUUUCAAACUCCACACUCAACUACCUCCGACUUUGUGUAAUCCUAGAACCAAUGCAGGAACUGAUGUCACGGCAUAAGACCUACAGCCUCAGUCCUCGGGAUUGUCUCAAGACAUGCCUCUUCCAGAAGUGGCAGCGCAUGGUGGCACCACCUGCUGAACCUGCUCGCCAGCAGCCUAGCAAGCGCCGGAAAAGAAAGAUGUCAGGGGGCAGCACCAUGAGCUCUGGGGGAGGCAACACCAACAACAGCAACAGCAAGAAGAAGAGCCCAGCCAGCACCUUCGCCCUCUCCAGUCAGGUACCUGAUGUGAUGGUGGUGGGCGAACCAACCCUGAUGGGUGGGGAGUUUGGCGAUGAGGACGAGCGCCUUAUCACACGGUUGGAGAACACACAGUUCGACGCUGCCAACGGCAUUGACGACGAGGACAGCUUCAACAACUCUCCCGCGCUGGGCGCCAACAGCCCCUGGAACAGCAAGCCCCCCUCCAGUCAGGAGAGCAAGUCUGAGAAUCCGACGUCACAAGCAUCACAGUAAAGUCCCUCCACCCGCUGCCCAGCCUGGCCUGGUUUACCUGCCUUGGCUGGUUGCCCCCCUCCACCCCGCACGGACUGAGUCGAAACCGUUCUACCUGGACAAUUUGUGAAGAAGCAUGGGCUGGCUGCCUGGCGUGGAGGUGUAUCAGGCUGAUGGGCACCGCUGCACCCAGCCUGCCCACCGACCUGUUUCCAGUUGUCCCAGCCACUCCUCCCUGCUGUCUGCACUCUUGGCUGUGCCCCUUUGGGGGCAGAACUUGGGGCGCUGGGCCAGGCGACGCCGGGGUCUUCCCUUUCCCCCAGCAGAAUUUCAAUUCUUUCUCCCCCUACACACAUACACACACACAUCCAGAGACCCCAAGCACCAUUGCCAUGGGAUGGUGGUUCCAAGUUCAUUGUGCAACCCUUGGCGUGAUUGGCAGGGAAUACCACAGAAGAGAAAGGAGGCUGAAUGGUUAGGGUCGAUUGGAUGGCCCAUUUUAUGAGUCCAGUUUCACCUUCAGCAUCCAGAGAACUCCUUUCUAGCAGGAAAGUAGGCAACAAUAUGACCUGUACUGGGGCAGCUAGUUUUUGUGAGAUGGGUCUUGAGCAGCCCCUCCUGGAUGCUGCAAGCCUGGCAUUGCAAUUCCUCCUGCUCUGCCAAACAGCCCAGAGAGCCAAGGGGGAGGGGAUGGAGUGUGUAGGGUUUACACUCAUGGAAUGUGGGUAGAAAACUGUCCUCUUACUGACGUGGAGGGGCAUUUGUCACUUCUGGUCUGAUCCGUAAGAAGAGGGCCAACCCUCUGCCUGGUCCGCCAUGACAGAAAACAGCAAUCUUGACCCCCCCCCCCCCCCCAUUUCACUUGUUGGGUUUUUUUAAAGAAAAAAUGUUAAAAUUGUAAGUUUGAAAAAAUAUGGAGAAGAAAGAAUCUGUCCUCCCUCCCUAUUUUUCCCCAAUCCUGAUUUUUGUACAGGCUUGUCUACCAAUGGGAGUCUUUGUUUUUAUAUACAGAUCCGAGAGCUUCAAACCAAGGAGAGACUUUGCAGACUUCCUUUAUACAAUCCUCUUGAGGACAGCAUGGCUGCCCCACUUUGCCCCCUCUGUGUAACUUGUGUGUGCUGCUCGCCCUUUCUCUGCCACCCCUUCCUCCUCCUCCCCACCUUUCGGGUUUGUGUACCUCGUGCUUGUAUAUUUCUGCGCUGUAGGCCGUGUGUAUGAUACUGUUCUUUCACUGUGUUCUCACUAAUGCAGCUGCGCCCCCAUUAAUGGUGGUUGGGAGGGGGGAGGAUUCCUCAAGAUGGGCAUCCUUUUCAAGUGUCUGGAAAGUUCCUAAGGCUUCUGUCAUCCAUUUGGGGCAGUGCAGAAGGCAAGGGGACAGGACUGACAGCUGGAAGUGCUUAGGAAACAUAACCUGGGAAAGGAGAUGCCUCCUGUUCAGUCAAAGAGGGCAUUCAUUUCCACCAUCAUAGAGCAAGGUCUUCUAACAAGCCAGCCAGAUCCAUCCUUUUGGAUGGGAAGAGUCCAGGUUCACUGGAUCCCCACGAAAUCAUGGCCCAUUCCUAAAACCACCCAUCCUGUGCUCUCCAAUGUUUGAAUGUCACUUACGUUCUUCCACCUGCGUUUCUUGCCUCAACUUUGGAGAAACCUCCUUUUGUGUCACUGAAGCCUCAAAGUCACCAUGUGUAAGGAGGGUUUCCUUUCUCUUUUUGAGAGAAGAGCACAGUGUAGGGUGGUGUCUCGUUGCUGGACAGACGCUGAAUAUGGUUGCAUUUAAGGGGGUUGGACUAUAUGGCCCAUGUGAUCUCUUCCAACUCGUAUAAUUCUAUAAGGGUCACAGAUUGAGCUGUCCUCGUAACCAUCCCUUUGCCUUACUCAGGCUGUUUCUCCAAGAUGGUCCCUUGCCAUAAGGAUGUUUUCUUUAGCAGGAUUCCUGCCCCAUAUCUACUAAGGUAUUUUGGCCAGUUGCAUCAUAAUAUGUUGUCAAAGGCUUUCAUGGCUGGAAUCACUAGGUUGCUGUGAGUUUUCCGGGUUGUAUGGCCAACUUCCAGAAGCAUGUUGGAAACUAUGUGUGUGGUAUCUGUGGAAUGUUCAGGGUGGGAGAAAGAACUCUUGUCUGUUUGAAGCAGGUGUGAAUGGUUCAAUUGGCCAUUUUGAUUAGUAUUGUUUAGCCUUUCAGUUUCAAGGUCUGGCUGUUUACUGCCUGAGGGAAUCCUUUGUUGGGAGGUGUUAGCUGGCCCUAAUUGAUUCAUGUCUGGAAUUUCUCCGUUUCUUUUAGUAUUGUUCUUUAUUUACUGUCCUGAUUUUUGAAUUUUUUAAUAAUGGUAGCCAAUUUUGUUUAUUUUCAUGGUUUCCUCCUUUCUGUUGAAAUUGUCCACAUGGUUGUGGAUUUCAGUGGCUUCUCUGUGUAGUCUGAUAUAGUGGUUGUUCGAGUGGUUCAGCAUUUCUGUGUUCUCAGAUAAUAUGCUGUGUCCAGGUUGGUUCAUUUCCAUUUGAACAGAAAAGAGGAAACCAUGAAAAUGAACAAAAUCUGGCUACCAGUAUUAAGAAACACUAAAAUCAGGACAGUGAAUAAAGAACAACAUUCAGAAAACAGAGGAAAUCCAGACAUGAAUCAAUCAGGGCCAGCCCACACAUCCCCACAAAGGUGUCCCCCAGGAAGUAAACAACCAGACCUUGAAACAAAAAGGCUAAUCAAUUCUAAUCAAAGUGGCCAGUUGCACCAUUCACACCAGCCUCAAACAGACAAGAGUUCUUUCUCCCACCCUGAAUGAUCCACAGAUAUAUAAACCCUACUUCCGUAGUUUGCAACAUACCUCACAACCUCUAAGAAUGCCUGCCUGCCGUAGAUGCAGGGGAAACGUCAGGAGAAAAUGCUUCUGGAACAUGGCCAUACAGCCCGGAAAACUCACAGCAACCCAGUACAUCAUAACAGUUAGCCCAUCAUAAGGGCUUGGCUUUCAUGUGACUUGUUCUGGAAACCAAGAAAUCCUCCUCUUAUGUGGAGGAGCCCACCUAGAUUAAUCUGAAAUCAAGGGGUGGAGUGUGGGCGGCGAGUAAGUCCUGUGUUCCUGGGUCCAGAUACUUCAUCCUGCACCACCACCCCCUGGAAACAGGCAAUAUGAUCAUCAAGGCUAUAAUUUACAGGAUUUUUUUCUGUAUCCUUUUUGUACCUUAAAGAUACGAGUGUCACGUCCCCCAUUGCUGUGGCUCGGCAUGAACUGGUGACGUGUGCUCUGUCCCGCUCUCCCCACCUUUUACCUUCCAACCUACCACCUCCCCCUGGGGCACUGUAAAGCCUUUUUUGCAUAGUUUGUGCCAUUUAUGGUCAUGUAUGGUACCAAUAAAACAACUUUUCGGUU